AUGUUCCCUCGAACCUCGGGCAAAUUAAUACAGCCCCCGAAGAGCCAUGAAGAUGAUGUCGAUUUCCACCGGAGAGAAACAGGAUUGGCCAAAAACAGUCCUGCCAUAGGCAAAAUUCAUUCAGUCAAGGAGAGCGGCAUCAGUGAUGCAAAGAAGUAUAUCGUUUACGGUAAAGAUAUGAUCUUUACAGGAAUAACCGUAAGCAUGAGACGAAUGGCCGUUCCUCAAGAGGGCGAUUGCGACAAAUUCAAGCACGGUGUUAACGAUUCCCUGGAAGCAACUGUGCACGAGAUAAAGCAGCUCUUGGAUCGUCGGCCGGUGGUGACUGUCAGGGUAUUGCUUGACCGGAUGAACUCUACAAGUCGGAUGGAUAUCGAAAGAGCGCUACCAUUAUGUGGAUACAUGUUUGAGCAUGGGCCAUGGAAGAAGGCAUUGAUCAAGUUUGGUGUCGACCCAAGAGCUGGGUCCGAGUUUCGGUAUUAUCAAACAGUCACAUUUGAGAUGGAUUUCAACCCCAUUGCUGAACGGGGAGGAACUGACUGGGAAAAGAGUGGAGAACUUGCCUUCCCACAAUUACUCAGGGGCGAUGAUAAUAUUUCCCAUGUCUUCAAUGGCAGAAAGUUCGUACCGGACGACAACAGCUGGCAGAUCUGUGACAUUAGCGAUGUUCUUUUACGGGGCAUCGUAGCAACGAGCGACAUUCGAUCGGCAGCCACCGUCAAUGACGGCUUCUUCUGGAAUGGGACAAUGGCAAAACUGGAAGUCAUCAUGCGCGACAAGCUUGUAUGCAUGAGGGAUGGCAGUAUACCCGAUGACGAGGACUACGCAUGUCUUCUAUCUUUCCCAGAAAAAUACCGGCCGCCGACCGGGCGUGAUUAUUUUAAGUAUGGCUUGGAGUUUGGACAGCAAUGCACGCAGAAACAGAUUUAUCUAAGAGGCCGAAUAGUAAGUAGGGCAAGAAGAGCUGCUCACUGA